AUGCAUGAGAUAGCAGACCGAUUCCGUGCAGUGGAUGCUAACGUGGAAUCAAGGCUUCGAGCUGGCUUGCAGACCAUGGGAAUCUCUGAGACCCUCCGAAUGUAUGAUCACCACUCGUGCCAUGCAGCCUGUUCUUUCUUCGGGUCUCCAGUUUGGCCCACAGCUAACAGCCGUGAUUGCUGCUGUAUAACUCUGGAUGGUCGCGGGGACUGCGCUUCUGGCAAGAUCAUCAAGUUUGAUGAGAAGCCGGUGGCAAUCGACGUGACCUCAAUGUUUGACAGCCUUGGCAUGCUCUGGGCGUUUGUUACAGCUGCGUUGGGUUUCAAGGCUUUUCGUCAUGAGGGCAAGGUUACAGGACUAGCUGCCCACGGGGACCGUACGAAAACCCAAGCCAUCUUCGAGAACGUCAUGGGACUACACAAAUCUGAAGGUUUAUGGAGGAUCAGAGCUGCCUGGCAUGAGGAAGAUACAAAAAACUUCUUGCUGUUUCUGGCCGGUCUGGAGGGCAGCGCACGUGAGAAGCGAGGUCUUCACACUUUCGCUUUGUACCAAGAGCUGCAGCAGCACAGGCCAGAGGAUGUGGCGGCAGGUUUGCAGUCGUUUACAGAGGGCCUGCUUCUUGAUUACUUGGACUUGAACAAGUUCGUGAAGCCGUAUAUCUGUGUUUCUGGUGGCGUUUUCGCUAAUGUGCGGCUGAACAUGCGUCUGCGACAGCGCUUUCCAGAGGUGAAGCAGGUGUUUGUGUAUCCCAACAUGGGCGACGGAGGGCUUUGCUUUGGAGCUGCAGCGUUGGCUGCAGCCGAAGCAGGAUUGCAAGUCUCCUGCCCGAGAGGCAGCGUGUUUGUCGGGCCGGACUUCUCAGCUGCUGAGCUUGGCAAAGUUGUUGGACACUUCUUGUCAGCUUCUGGGGGCGUGGAAGUUGAUGAUUUGGAUUGUUUUGCAGAGGAAGUGGCAGCUUACCUUGCGAAUGGGAAGGUCGUGGGGCUUUUUCAUGGUGCCAUGGAAUUUGGACCUCGCGCUCUCGGACAUCGCUCUCUGCUGGCGUGCGCAACAGAUCCUGCUAUUAACUCGAGGCUGAACCUGCGAUUGGAACGUACCGAAUUCAUGCCAUUUGCGCCUAUGACGUUGAGAAGCUGCACAAGACUAGCAUAUGUGGAUUUUCCCGCUGAGGAUCUUGAUGCCGGGCGGCACAUGACGAUGUGUUAUGAGGCAACGCCAGCUUUAAAGGAACUGUGCCCAGCCAUCGUGCACUUGGAUGGCACCGUGAGGCCGCAAGUCGUGGAUGAGCGAGACGGGCUAGCCUUCCGCAUCCUUGCACGCUAUGAGGCCAAGACGGGCGUGCACAGUCUCAUCAACACGAGCUUCAAUAUGCACGAGGAUCCCAUUGUUUGUGCUCCAGAGGACGCAGUACGUGCCUUCGACAAGGGAGCCUGCGAUGUACUAGCUGCAUUUCCAUUUCUGAUCCACAAGCCGGUGGCAGCUGCAGAAACUGCCGCAUCUGAGCAGAGAUCUGCGCAGGAAAUCCAGACUGCUGAGGGCACGUUUGGAUACAUGGCACCCGAGUCUUUCGGUCGGAUCUUCACACCCAAGUCCGAUCUCUAUGGGGUCGGCGCCACAUUGUUGUUCGCAGCAACUGGUUACGAGCCAGGCGCGCUGCCACAGAAGCGCCUUAAGGUGGAUUUUCGGACAUCUUUUGUUGGCACUGUCUGGGAGAGACAGGAGAGUUGGUUCCUGGAGCUUCUGGAGGGGCUGAUGGAACCAGCACCGGAAGAUCGCUUUAGCUCUGCGGCAGAGGCCCUGGACUUCGUGAGGCAGCCUCGACAACUGCAGGAGGUCUUGCAAAAAGAGCUGCAACCUUCUGCAGCCCUGGCCAAGAAGAAGGCAAGUUUAGAUCCUCCGCGUGGGUCCAAAAUCCAUGUGGACAGAAAAGGGGAGGAGCUUAGGGUUCUGCUGCCCCCUGUCACAUGGGAAUCCCGUAUUCCUAUUGGCACUUUUGGAAUUGCGUGGACAUCCUUCACCGCGGUUUGGACGGCGGGGGUCAUCUCCGCUGGUGCCUCGUUCAUGGCACUGUUCAGUCUUCCUUUCUGGACAGCGGGGGCCGGCAUGCUCAAGGACACCUUCGGCCCGCUUCUGAGGGGAGCGGCUGAGUUGCGAAUCCGCAGGGACCGUUGGACAUUCGGCGGCGAGCUCGGUAGCUGCGGGGGCUUGCCCGGCGGUUUUCAGAGAGGUCCGAAUUGGAGGAGCGAGAGAACUGCAGCUGCACUGACUGAUCGCAAGCCGGCCGUGCCUGACCUGCAGCGAAUAGCAGAAGCGCGAACUCCUGGAUGUCACGCUUCGAUGUGGGGCUCCUGGAACAGGAAGCGAUGUGUUUUCACACUGGGGUCAGACGACCUUCGCAUCUAUGUUGCUUACCACAAGCCACCAACAGUGUUUUCUUUAAACAGAGUUCACGUGCGCUGCGGCCGGUCGCAUGUUGAGCUCAGCCGCGUCAAUUGGACCACAAAGCUGCUCCGAUACAUAUGCUGUUGCGAGCCGCUGGCGGUCAUCAUCAAGCUGAAGCGCAGCCAGGUGGAAGAUGUUCGCAACAUCCUGUUCCCUCAAGAAGAAGAAGUACUGGUCUACAUUGGCGUGCCCCUCGCCAUGUUUCCGCCUGAAGUACUACACGUUAUUUCCGAGUUUCUGGUUCUUCCAACAAUUCAUGACAUCAUGCGAAGCUGCAGACAGCUUCGCACUACGCUCAGAGCAGACAGCUUCUGGCAGCACUUCUAUGUGAAGGUCUUCCCAGCUGCAGUACGAGAUCAGGUGGAGGAGUUUGCCGACUUGGGCGGCUGCAGCGUCUUGGACAAGGUUGCUGUCGCCACACUUCGUUUCUGCAACGCGUGUCAUGCCCGCAGGCUUGUUCCCGGAUUCUGUUCGUGUGGUGCAAGGCCGCGAUUUAACAAGUUUGUCCACUUCGACAUGCGUGCUGCUGAGAAACUUCGCCUUGGCUUACACACCUUGAACCUGCAUUUGCUGGUGAAAGGGUUCGAUUUACAAAACGCAUGUCUCUGCUUCUCGUCACGCUACCAUGGCAAUUCUUUGGCCAGCUUGCUACGUCAGACAGCUGGGCUAGGGAGAAUGCAGCUUCUAGCAUGCGAAAGCCUUUCUGGAGAAGUCUUCGGGGCUUUCUUCGGCUUCCCCCUCCAGAGGCGCUCUGCGCGAGCUUAUGGUGCUCGUGAGAAGCUCAUGCUUUUCAAUAUUCGUUUGGAUGGGACCCUGCGCGUCUUUGAAGCCAGUGACUGUGUUGAACGAGAGACUGUUCAGUCACUUCCCGAUGCCUUGGUCAUUGGGACAUCAUCAGAAGCAGCCCUAUCGCUGAACUGGGACUUGAGCGUAGCCAGCUGUGCAUCGACGACUCUCUGCUGCGGUUCUUGUUUGUGUGCGUCGGAGGCCCCUUUGAGAUCUGUGGCGACAUUUUCAGAUAAGAGAACCGACCAAGUCUUGGAUCGUCGCAUCUCUCACUUGACGGCAGCCACAGUGGGAAGUGACCCGGAAGUACAGCGCAACAUGGCCAGGCAGUUGCUUCAGCUGUCUGGACAUCAGGACAUGAGGCAAGAGGCCCUCCCAGAGGUCGAAGCGCAGUGGCUGCAGGCCCUGAUUGAAGAGCACAUCAGGCAGAAAGACAACAUCGAUCGGUUCACUCGAGUUUCUGAAGCCGCGAGGAAUGGUUCUGCGAAGCCGCCGGAGCCGCUUGAGAUCGAGGCUUCGGACAAGCUCGCACAGCGGAAGUGUGACGCGCAUGGCCUCUUGUGGAUGAAGCAUCCAUUCAAUCACUUCCUCGUCGCGGCGCGGGAGUGGUGGAGCACCCAAGUCAGCGAAGAUGAGGAGCAGAUGUUUGACACUGGCUGCCUAUGCUUGGCCAACAUUGAUAAUGAGUACUACCCAAAGCAGAAGGAGUACAAAAUCGAGGACCUCAUCCUGGAGAAUAACAUGGAGGCACCGAUCCUGCAGAUAGAAGCCGGUAGAUUUGUGCAGGGCAGUCGUGAAAUUUGUAUGGCUUUACUGCACCCGAUGAAGCUGUCCGUGUACAUGGUGUCAGCUGUUUCGUCUGGAGGAUCGGUGAAUUACUAUUCCAUGGCCCUGGCCUAUGAGCACAAACUUUCAAGGCCUGCCUUCAACAUGUGUUAUGGAUGUUUUGGUGGAGUCAGAGAUCGUGAUUAUUUCUGCGUGCAGUCGCUGGAUGGUGUCCUCUCUUUUUUCGAGCAGGAAUCCUUCGCGUUCAGCCGGAUGUUAACGACCAGUUUUCUGGUACCUGGCCCCAUCUGCUAUGUGCCAAAGAUCGACAGCUUUGUCAUAUGCACCAAUGCAAUGUGUAUAGAGGCCUAUCGGUAUCAGGUUCUUGCAGCCGCAGCAGAUAAUGUCGACCAAUCGGCAGGAGAAGGUGCCUCCGGGAAGAAGGUCCAGGUCGACUGGUCCACCAAUAUCGGUGAACAUGCACGAAGCAUCGAGGUGGUACGCUUUAGUCGAUCACUCUCAGCAAGCCAGCAGGAAAUACUGGUGGUUGGUGAGCAGACCAUCUUCACCCUGAAGGACAGCGGUGGCAUCCGACUCCAAAAGCGGUUGGCAGAGUAUGGAAUAACCGCCUCCCUCGCUUACAAGAUGCCGCCCGAGUCACCCGACGCAUUGCCAAAUCACAACCUGAUCUUGGGAACAAGCACAGGUCAUUGCCUAGUGCUGAAGGAGAUGCAGCUUGUUUGGUGUGCCCGCCUGCAGGGCAUGGUCCCGGCGCAAAUUUGCGUGGACACCAUUGGCGGCGUGCGAGGUAUGGUGGUGCUGAUGGAUGGCAGGGGCAAGCUUCAAAUUUGCUACUUGGGCACAGAUCCACCCACGGCGAGCUUGGUAAACACGGAAAUGAAGGAGUUGAAUUACGAUGAGAUGGAGGAAGAACAUCAGGAGCUGCUGCGUGUCAUUAGGCAAACCCAUGGCGAUGGCGCUGCAGAGCCAGAAGAGACCCUUGUGGUAGACUCGCAGGUUCCUCAGGUCCUUGAUUUGGGAAUGAAUGAGGAUGACUGUGACGCGGAUGACCCUGUGGGACGUUCGGAUGGAAUGGUGAUGCAGCUAACGGUGCAUCUGUCUGUCACCGUGGGUGGCAGCAAGGCCGUGGAAAAUGUCUCCAUCACCUUGAAGGCCCCACAGUGCUUUGCUCUCUCGCAAACAUCGAUCUUCAUAGACAAGGUCGAGCCUGGACGACCGCCGGUCAUUAUUCCCAUAGUCUUUCGCGUGUGGAACAAGAUUCUGUGUUCCAACUUGGAAGUUGCAGUUUGUGCAUCGUACUUCUCAUUGAACAACGAGCCUCGCACUGCUGCGUCUUCUUUCUUUUUGCCAUUUGCGUUGGUGGCCAGACCCAUACCGCCCGUCAAGAAUGCCAAGCACAAGAUUCAGCUGGACUGCAACAAGCAGCCCCCGCAGUUGCAAACGUUGUUUGGUGGCUUGCUGAACCAGCCGCACGUGUCGGCUGCUGUGAGCCAGGGCAUGUCUAAUCUGCUCUCCAUUCAGUACGUGUCCGGAACGGAAGCAACAGUUCUGGUGUUGAAGAGCAGUGGACGCUUUUGUGUACAAGCAACAGAAUUCGCCGCUCUGUGGGUGUUAACACAGGAGCUUUGCAACAGGCUCCACGAGUAUUUCGGUCCUGGAGGUGAAGGUGCUGCCGCAGACGACGAGGAGCCCUUUUUCAUCACCUUCCAGGAUAGCUUACCUUUGCAUGAUUAUUUCGCACUGAUUGAUGACCAUUUCGAUCUGCGACGGCACCUGGACGAGCUGCGAAAGGACCUAGCAGACCGAACGCAGCAGUACCGUGUCAUCCAGAAGCGAUUGCUAGUGCGCUUCAAGGAUCGGAACCCAUCACCGCUGAAUCAUCUUGACACUCUGCUAAACUUGACAUUCGAGCAGACGCUGCUGCUCACAGAUGCGAUUGACGACGUGGAGCAAGCUCUGCGAACGGUCUCCUGCCAUCUGUCGGCUGCCACUGAGCUAGUACUGCUGCUGAUCAAGUUUAGAUUCGGGCUGGACGAGGACAAUUCCAAUGUGCUCAGGAGGCAUUUAAGUCCAGAAGUCUGCGACACGACUGAGCAAGGCUGGGAGGAGAAGGUGGACACCUCCUUGCUGCAUCUUUUGCGGACAUCGCUGGCGAGGAGUGCGAAAGAAGGCAACAGCUUGCCGCCACCUAUGAAGGUUCCUCAGGACACUCUCAAGCUGCGGAAGCGCAUCACCACCGUCGUGGACCGUCUGGCCACUGGUGCGCGAAUGACAGAUGAGACUGCAGGUCCAGAUACCAUGGCGCCUCCAGAGGAAGAGAUGCCUGGUGAGGAUGGCGAAUGA